CUGGGCCUUUCGUUCCCUCCCACUUCAGAGCUCUUUUAAUCCCAAGAAUCAAAAACACUGUGGCGGAAACUCUGCAAUCUUAUCGAGAAGGCGUGGCCUCGGACCGGAAGAAGCCUCCGUUGCCAUGGGAACGCCGCGCGCGCCCGGGCGCCCGCUCCGCCCCUGAUGCUCCGGAGCUGAGGCGAAGCUGUGGGUUCCUCACCGAGUGCGCCGGGGGCUUUUCGGGGAGCAGCGGGUCCUUCUCUUCAAAGGCCCAGGGAAAAAGACUCCCCGGAAACCCAUCCCAGAGCCGGCGCCGAGUGGGUGCGUCGUCCCGGCUGCUCGCCAGUGCCUGGGCCUCUGGACCGGCCUUGGAGAUCAGUGCUUUGAAAAUAUUUGAAUCACAUUAUGGGAUUGCUAGAUAGACUUUCAGAAUUUCUUGGCCUGAGGAAGAAGGAGGUUCACGUCUUAUGCCUUGGUCUCGAUAAUAGUGGGAAAACAACAAUCAUUAAUAAACUUAAACCUUCAAAUGCUCAAUCUCAAGAUAUAGUUCCAACAAUAGGAUUCAGCAUAGAGAAAUUCAAAUCAUCCAGUUUGUCUUUUACAGUGUUUGACAUGUCAGGUCAAGGAAGAUACAGAAAUCUCUGGGAACACUAUUAUAAAGAUGGACAAGCCAUUAUUUUUGUCAUUGAUAGUAGCGAUAAAUUAAGAAUGGUUGUGGCCAAAGAAGAACUUGACACUCUCCUGAAUCAUCCAGAUAUUAAACAUCGGAGAAUUCCAAUCUUAUUCUUUGCAAACAAAAUGGACCUCAGAGAUGCGGUGACAUCUGUAAAAGUGUCUCAAUUACUGUGUUUAGAGAACAUCAAAGAUAAACCAUGGCAUAUUUGUGCGAGUGACGCUGUAAAGGGAGAGGGAUUGCAAGAAGGCAUCGACUGGCUUCAAGAUCAGAUCCAGGCUGUGAAGACGUGAAAAGAUAGUCUUUGGAAACUUCAACAGUUAAUUCAAAUGAUGUAGCUAAGGAAAACAGAAUACUUUGAUUUUUUUAAAUUGUAUGUACAUUGAAAAAUACUUUAUAACAUUCUGCUUGUCUGUGUGGACUCUGAGUGAGCUAUUUAAGAUCACAGGGCUUCCUGUUUGCUAAUCUGGCCAUUAAUUUCAUGAACACAUAUAUCCCUUCAAAAAGGACUCCCUAGAAUUACCAGCUUCUUGGUAAUUGAUUUAGUUGUAAUUAAAAUGUUUAAAAGCCAGAGUUAUAAGUCAUCUUAAUAUCCUAUCAUGAUUUAUAAUAGUUUUAAUGUAUUUUUAAUUGUCUGUUUAAAAUUUCAUUUAUAAUAUGACUUUAUAGUGUGAAUUGUGCAACAGAACUUAAAUAUUUAUAAGGGACUACGGGUAGUUAAUAUAUUUUAAUUUUUUUACUAUCUGUCAUUAUCAAUAAAACAAAAAAUGCAGCAUA